ACCGAAAUCGUUUGUCAAACAAAUUGUCAAGUGUAUCAAACAACUGUCAAAUUGAAUUGAACACAAAUGAAUGAAGCUUUUACGAUUUUCAAAAUAAUUUGCUAAAUAAAUGUUUCAAAACUGGAUUUUACCGAAAGAUAAAAUGCAAGGCACAAUUAAAGAGCUCCUUGACGCCUUAGGAUGUAGUUUGGAGGCGGACACUGUAUUAGAUUAUAUCCAGAAUGAUCCCAAUUACGGAAACAGUAAUUUGUCCUCAAAGCAAGUGAACGAAUACGCUCAGAGAUUGGCGCUAAAAGCUUCGAAUGCUAAGGCGUUUUUGAAAAAAUACGAAGAGCUCCGGAACAGAAAUACUGAUAAUUUAGCAGACAUUAUAGCUCUCUUCUACAAGUUGGUUUGUGAUGAGAAGAAAUCAAAAAUAUAUAAACCAAAAGUGGCUCCUAAACCUAUAUUGGGUGACAACAAACACCAGAUCACUAAGGACGACCUUCCACAGAUCAAAGACAAACUCCUGAAAGCUGUGGAUGAAAGCAAGAAACUCGUCAUGAAGUCCUUUGAAGAGAAAGAGUCAAAGCUGAGGCCAAAUUGGUAUAACAGUUUGGACCUUCCCAAUUGGCAGAAAGACCAUCCGGCUAUGUCUUGGGACUUCCCCAAAGAAGCUCUUCCUAUCAUUUCUUCCUUAUCCGGAGUGCCAAUAGCAUCUCAAGAGAACAUUAUCAUUGAUGACCUGCUUUACGUCUUCUCUGGUGUACCAGGCAACUACAUAGUCCAUCAACCAGUUAAAGACACCUUUGAUUCCAGAACAUUCUUGGUAUCUGAUGAUGUUGAUGAUGCUUUGAAACAAAUUGUCCAGCAAAUGCUUCCGUUGGCUUCCAAUUAUUCUAUAGUGAGAAGGUUCAUUGAGCACUGCAACAUGUGGUCUGGACAAGUGUUGCAUGCUUUAGUAGCAGCCAUUGAGAUACUUUUAAAGGAUUAUUAUACAAUGAUAGCUCAGUUGGAGACUGAACACUUAUCUGCCAACCUUACAUUACAAAAGCUGUGGUACUUUGUCUUGCCAACCAUGCAUACUAUGCAAGUCCUUGCCGCCAUUGUCACUAACAUCGGAAAGAGUGAACUGCGUGGCGGUGCUGUGCUAACAGUACUGCAUGAUAAGACAAACACUCUAAUGGGUGACGCGAGAGCUCAGGAGAUAUCCUUGUUCCUAACCGAGCGAGCUUGCCGACCAUACCUCUGUAUAUUAGACCAGUGGAUACAUAAAGGGACUAUUGUUGACCCCUUCCAGGAGUUUAUGAUAGAAGAUAAUGAGCUGAUCAAUAAGGAGGAGCUCCCAGUGGACUAUUCGGCCGACUACUGGGAGAAACGCUACAGUAUUCAGAGGGACAGAGUGCCCAAGUUCCUUGAGAAGUUCACUGACAUCAUUCUCAGGACAGGGAAAUACUUGAAUGUUAUCAGUCAGUGUGGUAAACCAAUAGCCAAAACGAAUACUGAGGAAAUAAAAUACUCACUCCGCGAGCAAAAUUAUGGUGCUAUCAUACAAAAGGCGUACGCUUACGCCAGCAAAUCUCUAUUAGAACUCUUACUAAAGGAGUAUGAUCUCAUGGGAAGGCUGAAAUCAGUGAAGAACUACUUUUUAAUGAGCCAGGGAGACUUCAUCGUACAGUUCAUGGAUGCGACUGAACAGGAGCUAUCGAAGAAAAUUGAUGAUAUCAUACCUUCCAAAUUGGAAUCGCUUUUGGGACUGUGUUUGAGACUGUCAGCCGCAAGCCACGACCCGUACAAUGAGGAUAUGAAGAUUGAACUACUUCCUUAUGAUCUACAAUUCCAAAUGUUUAAGAUUUUAUCUAUCGAGACUGAAGAGGAGAAAGAAUACAAGCAGAAUAAAGACUGUCCCCCACUAACUGGCAUUGAGACAUUCUCAUUUGGCAUGGAAGUGAAGUGGCCAGUGUCUCUAGUCCUCAACCACAAGGCCAUCGCUUGCUACCAGAUGAUAUUCAGACAUCUGUUCUAUUGCAAACAUGUUGAGAGACUGCUCUGCAGGGUGUGGCUGUACAACAAGGUGGUGAAGCGUUUCUCUGAGGCGCGGCUGUACGCGGACGCGUUCGCGCUGCGCCAGCGCAUGCUGAGCUGCAUCCAGCACCUGCAGUACUACAUGUGCGUCGAGGUCAUCGAGCCCUCCUGGUGCCAGCUCAUACAGAGCCUCGAUAAGGUGCACAACGUGGAUGAAGUAUUGGAGCGUCACAAUGACUUCUUGGAGUCGUGUCUCGGUGACUGCAUGUUGACCAGCCCGCAGCUGCUGAAGGCCGUCACCACCCUCUGUCUCGUCUGCGUACAGUUUUGUACAUUCAUACAGGAGAUGCACAAGUACUUCGUGGACGCAGAGCUUAACAGUAUGCUUGGAUCGACGUAUGACAAUACCGACUAUAGUGAGGAGGUAGGCUGCGGCGGUGGGUCGACCACUAGUGGCUCAGCAGACUCGUUCUCUCGUUCCGUGUCGCGCUACGGGCUCCGGUUCACGGCCGCGUUACUUUCCGUGCUGGCGAUCAUCGAAAGGAUGGCGAGAGAUAAUAACACCAACAAACUCUUGAACAUAUCUGCAAGAUUAAACUUCAACACGUACUACGUGAAGCAAUUGGAGAAGUUCUGCUCUGACGACAAGCUGCUGGACGCGGAGAGGAAGCAGGCCGCCUCCUAGCAUAGGACCGCGCGCACGCGCUCCAAACUAGUCACCUCCGUGUGACUUCAUGUCUCUACACAGAGACGCUACACAAACUACUAAGUAACUCCAUCUAAAAUAAUACACACGAAAUUAAACCAUAAUUAUUACCCUAUAAGGUUGAUUUUACAUAAUUAGAAAUGUACUACAGAAACUACUAAGAAACUCCAUCUAAAACUAACACACACGAAAUUCAACCAUAAAAAUUACCCUAUAAGGUAGGUUUUCAUCAGUAAAGAUAUAUUACACAAACUAAUAACAAACUCCAUAGUUUAUGCUCCAUAACUAAUACACAUGAAAGUAGAUCUUAAUGACCAUGUAAUAAAGUCGACUUUGCCCCAUUUUGAAUAUCCGAUCAAGUUGAUUAUAUUGAAAUGAAACGACUUUUGCGGAUUUUAUCGCGGUUUAAUUUUUGGUUUUAGUCCCCAUACACCUUUGCAAGUAUCAUGUUCACUUGCAGACUGCCCGACCAAAAAUUAAAUCGCGAUACAUUCGCGUAAACCUAAGUUGAUUAUACUUGAACAAAGUUAACAACGUUAAUAUUUUACUAUCUAGAACUAAUACCAACAAAAUUAGAUUUAAAAAAACUUAUGUAAUCAAGUUGAUUUUAACCGACCUUAUAGAGACAUAGCACACAAACUACUAAGAUAUUGUAAAAUCAUAUUUUAAUUCAUAGAACUAAUUAUAUAAAAGACCUUAACGGAUAACUGAUAAAGUCGAUUUGAGCUUAGCGGAGAUUGCACACAAAAUUCUAAGAAACUAUGGUACUCCAUGGUUUAAUUUUUAGAAUACCACAAAAUUAGUCUUAUAACACGUUCGAUAAAGUUGAUUUUCCAUUGAGUCUCAGACAGAAUCUAAUUAUUGGUUUAUUUUCCUAAAAUUGCCCCAAUAAAGCUAUAUUUGCUAAAUAAGUCCAUUGACCACGUGAAGUUAAUUGUAAAUUGGUCAUGUUAUUAAAUGAUUGAAUCGCAUUACAUUGAGACCUCACCUAAUCUGUAUCGUGGUCCAUCUGUAUUAUUGUCAAUUUUAAAACGUUAUUCUGUAAAAAAUAUACUUAUUCCUGCCACAUACUAAAAAGUACAAUGCUUUAUACAUCUAUAUUUUACUACUUAGAUACUAUCUCGAUAAAAUCUCAAAUAAUAAUAAUAUUUAGUCAUAAAUAAAUUACAAAAAAAAAUCCGUUAGUGGUAAUGAACUAAAAUGUCCAUGUAUGCCAUUUAAAUUCCAUAGAUGAAAUUAUUUUGCAUGUAGCACGAUUGGAUCAGUAGACUUUAAAUAUAGUACAAAAAUUAACUACAGUAGCAGUAUUUGGAUUAGCAAGUAAGUAAUUCCAUGGAUUUUGAUGUCGUGUCGUGUAGCUGUAAAUGUUAGAAAUAGGUAAAAUUUCCAAGAAAAACAGUAGUGAAAGCUUUAGUGGUAAUAAGCCCUCUGGACAAGUCAAAUAUCAGAAGUUAUGAUGGAACGAAUAGCUGAGAAAAUGUUGGGUGUUAAGUCUUUCUUUUUGUUAAUUAUCAAUAAGAAAAUUCAAUCCCCUUACAUUUCAGACUUUUUAUCAUCAUUCAUUAUAGAAGUGACACUUGUCUUCGAGGCCUUAUAUCAGUAUGCAAUAUUAGAAAGUAGCCAAACCUUGAUGGUAUUAUAUUCAAUGUGGGUGAUAUCCUAACUAAGCAAUAUAAAUUAAACCCGUUAACAUAUCUAUAGUAUUGUGGACGCCCAUUAGCAUAAACAUAAUAUUUUUGAUAUUAAAUUGACUACUAUACAUAGUAUGUAAUUAUGAAAAGACUAGCAAAUGUCACAAAGUUUCUCAUUCCUUGCCAUAAGUGAUAAAUUUAAGCCAUGACAAAUAGUACAUACAAUUAGAUAGUAAACAAGUGUUCCCAAACUAGGGGCGGUCUUACGAUCUUGGAAAAGCAAGGUAAUAUAAAUGGAAUACAAUUAUUGUAGUCAAAGUAAUUCACCAUUCAAUCAUGUAUGGAUGAUAUGACGUGUUCCACAGCAAUAAUUGAUCAAAAAUUAUUAGCAGUUGUGGUCGCAGUAGCAGUUUGCUCUUUCAAGGUCCGUAAAACCCGUCGGACAUCACAAAAUAAUACUCGUUUUGUUGUUACUCUACCCAUUUAUCACUGUUUCACUUCCAUAACAAAUAUUAUAUUUAUAGUGACAAUUUUACAUUUGUUGUUGAUAUUGGCUGUGUUCAAAACC